AUGAGAGUAAAAGAGGAGCCAAAACAAGAAACGAAUUCAGGAAAUAAAUCACCAAUUAAUGAAGAAUGUUCUUCUUCUUCUUUUGAUCCAAAUACUAAAAAUCACCAAAAACAAUUUAUUUUACAAUCAGAAUUCGAGAAAAUGUUGGAACAAUUAACUAAACAAAAUAAUGAAGAAGAAGAAAAUAUUGAAAAUGGAAAUGAUGAAGAGGAGGAAGAAGAAGAUGAAGAAGAGGAUGAUGGGGAGGAAGAGGAGGAGGAAGAACUGAAGGGAAUGACUUCUUUAAUAAAUAAUAACAACACAAUUACAAUUCCAAAACAAAAAUUACUAAAUAAUCAACAACCGGAAGAAGAAGUAAGGAAAAAAAGAGGGGCAGGAAGUAGUAAUUGUAUUCUUCUACCAAAUGGGAAAAAAACAAAAGGAAGAGUUAAAAUAAAAAUGGAAUAUAUUGGAAAUAAAUUGAGAAGAUAUACAACUUUUAGUAAAAGAAAAACUGGAAUUAUGAAAAAAGCAAAUGAACUUUCAACAUUGACAGGCACUCAAGUACUUUUACUUGUUGCAUCUGAAACUGGGCAUGUUUAUGCAUUUGCAACAAGUAAAUUAAAGCCUAUGAUACUCUCUGAACCUGGAAAACAAUUAAUUCAGAAUUGUUUAAACGCAACAGAAGAACAAAUAAUUGACCCAAUGCCAACAAAAACAGAAUUUACCUUUGAACCACAAACAUUAGGAAUAACCCCAAUAAUAACCCCUCAACAACAACAAUUAAAUAAUCCAAGAAAAAGAAAAUUAGUUUCUGAUUUAUUUCAAAUUAAUGAUUCUUCUAAUUCGCCUUCUUCCUCUUCUCAAUCUUCCCCUUCUCAUAAUUAUCUCGAACCUGCUCAAACCUUUGUAGAUUCCAAACAACAAUUAAAAACAUUAAAAGAAGCACUUAGAGCAGCUUCAGAAAAUCGUGAACGUAUACAACAUAAACAACAACAGAAACAACAAAAAACACAAAAACAACAAGAAAAUAAUAAUCAAAAUAAUCUACAAACAUCUACUCAACAACAGCAACAUUCAUUAAUAAAUAAUAAUAGUCAACAAUUGGGGGCAGCUUUGUUACCUUUUUUACUUCAAGGUUUAAUGGCAUGUUCUUCAAACUCUUCUUCUACUACUUCUACAACCAUUCCCUCCCCUUUCUCUAAUUAUAAUUUAUUAUUACCUCCUUCUUCUAUUUCGUCACCUUCAAAUCCUUCCCCAAUAAAUAAAAGAAAACAUUCAUUACAACAACAAAAUAAACAAUUCCCCCCAAUUCUUUAUCAAAUGCCUCAAGGUGUUGUUUAUGCAGCAGAUGAUGAAGAAGAAGAAAAAGAAGAAGAUGAGGAGGAGGAGGAAGUAGGAGAGGAAGAGAAUAAAAAUAUAAUUAAAUAUAGCAACAAUCUAAUUCAAAGUUUGUUCUUCUUCAAACAACAAUUUAAUUCAAAAUUCCCAAAAUUAAAAGAAUAA